CCGAGCUCUGCCCAGCUCCGCCUCUGCCUGUCCCGGGCGGGGCGGGGGGAUUGUCUCCUACCGGGACCGAUCCGCCGCUUCUCCCGAAGAGUUCCCUGCUUCUCAUACUGCCUCGCCUGCUCCCCUUGCCCCUUUUCGGCGAGCUGCUGGACGGGCGGCCGCACAAGCCGCAGCCAUGUGGCUGGCGCUGGCGGCUCUGCUGGCGACGGCGGGGGCGCAGUACGAGCGCUACAGCUUCCGCAGCUUCCCGCGGGACGAGCUCAUGCCUCUGGAAUCCGCCUACCGCUAUGGCCUGGAUCAGUACAGCACCGAGAACUGGCCCGAAAGCGUCAACUACCUGGAGGUCAGCAUGCGGCUCUACCGCCUGUUGCGAGACAGCGAGGCCUUCUGCCACCGCAACUGCAGCACCGUCGGGCAGUCCGCCCCUGAUGCCGGGCAGCCAUCCGCCGCCACCGCUGCCGGGGCAGCUCUGGCCGAGCUGCGCCUCUUGUCCGGGGUUCUACGGCGGGCCCAGUGCCUGCGGCGCUGCAAACAGGGGCUGCCCGCCUUCCGCCAGGCCCAGCCCGGCCGAGAACUGCUUGCGGAAUUCCAGCGCCGGGAACCCUACAAGUACCUGCAGUUUGCCUACUUUAAGGCUAAUAAUCUUCCAAAAGCUAUUGCAGCAGCUCACACGUUUCUUCUGAAACAUCCGGAUGAUGAAAUGAUGCAAAGAAAUAUGGCCUACUAUAAGAGCAUACCUGAUGCUGAGGAGCAUAUUAAAGACUUGGAGACAAAGCCUUAUGAGAAUCUCUUUGUCAGGGCUGUCAGAGCAUACAAUGGUGAUAACUGGAGAACAUCCAUAUCAGACAUGGAACUGGCUCUUCCUGAUUUCUUCAAAGCCUAUGAUGACUGUACAGCAUCUUGUGAAGGCUCCCGGGAGAUCAAAGAUUUUAAAGACUUCUAUCUCUCCAUUGCAGAUCAUUAUAUUGAAGUCCUUGCAUGCAAAGUGCAGUGUGAGAGUAAUCUGACACCCAUUAUAGGAGGCUUUGUUGUUGAGAAGUUUGUGGCCACCAUGUACCAUUACCUGCAGUUUGCUUAUUAUAAAUUGAAUGACAUGAAGAAUGCAGCUUCCUGUGCUGCUAGUUAUCUUCUGUUUGACCAGAAGGAUGAAGUGAUGAAACAGAACAUGGUCUAUUAUCAGUACCACAAAGACAAAUGGGGACUUACAGAAGAAGAUUUUCAGCCCAGAUCGGAGGCAGUUCGAUACCACAACAUAACAACACUGCAGCUGGAAAUGUAUGAGUUUGCAAAGGAACAUCUGAUGGAUGAUGAUGAGGGUGAAGUUGUGGAAUUCCUUGAUGACCUGUUAGAAGUAGAGGAAAAGAAGGAAUCCUGAUGAGUGAAAUCACCAUGAAGUAUUUUACAGAAGUGAAGACUCACCAUUGCUCCUUACUGUUGUUUCUGGUCACCUGUAGUUCCAGUUAGAUAUACCUCAAAGGUGCUCCUUUAAGCUCCACCUCAUGUCACAAGACCCACUCCAGAAAGAUCACUUCCAUGCUGCACUGACUCUUCUGGGAGCACAGUGCAUUGACAGAAUUGGUGCUUGUGGGUUUUCCUCUUGAGCUUUCUUCCUUUUACACAGACACAACAAAGCAGACUGUAUUUUUUGGUCUAACACUAAGGUUCCUCAUUUCAGUGCUGUUCUGCUAAGUUUUAACAGUACAGCUAAAUGCCAAAGAACUUUUUUUCAGAUUGUGAACCACAGAAGACAUAACAGUUCCUCUAGACUUUCUCAGCUGUGUUUUGUAUUAUUUAUAUGUCUUUUUCUGUGAUGAUGAAUGAAGUGAUACUAAAUUCCAGUGUACCUGAAAGAUGUUAAGAUAUAUUUAAGUAGCCAAAAUAAGAUGAUUAGCAAAGCAAAACUAGUUGUCUUGUAAAAUUGUUUAAAGAAUUCAUUAAGCAGUGUUGGUCUUUCUUAAAAACUAAAUGAAACUUCAGUAUGUGAAACUUGGGUCACUAAGAACCAACUAAUAAAGAAUUCCUUCUAC